UUGGGGGUUUCAAAGCUCUCUCUCUCUCUCUCUCUGCUUUAUUGGGGGUUUCAAAGCUCUCUCUCUCUCUCUCUCUCUCUCUCUCUCUCUCUCUCUCUCUCUCUCUCUCCUGGAACAAUGGCAGAAGCGCUUGUUUCAAUGGUUAUGAAGAAACUUGGAGAUGCGCUUGCUUCAAAGGUUAUGAAUAAACUUGGAGAAGAGGCCUAUUUGGUUGGUGAUGCCCAAGCAGAACUUGUAAAGCUAUCUUCUACGUUCGAAUCCAUUCAAGCACUUCUUUAUCAUUCUGAGAUUAUGCAAUUGAACGACCAAAGCAUCCAAGUUUGGUUAAAAAAUCUCAAAGGUGUGGCUUACGAUGUGGAUGACAUUCUAGAUGAGAUGAUUCCAUGGCCAGAACCUGAAUCAGGGACCCACAACGGCGACCAUCGACACAUGGGAAACCAGGCAUGUGCAUGCUUAUUUUCACUUUUUUCGUGUUUUGGUUUAGAAGAUUGGAUAAGGUUGGCUCAUGAUUCAUGGACCUACGGCGACGAAACUGAUAUUGGCAACAUCAGAGAUAAGGUGCAGACAUUUCUCAAUAAAGUCGCGUCACAACGCGAUGUUGUGCAUCGGAUAAAAGAAGGAAGGGCGGAACUGGAUCAGAUUGCAGAUGACAAAAAUAAGUUCAAUUUUAUGGAGAAUCACAGUUUCCGUGGAGGUAAUGAGCUUGACAAGGUCGAGUCUCAAAUGAGUUCGCUCGUAGACGAAUCGAAGAUGCUCGGGAUAGACGGAGACAAAGAUUGGGUAAUAAGCAAGUUGGUCAGCGGGAGCAGUUGUGAGGAGGGACGGAUUCAUGUCAUUUCGAUCGUAGGCGUUGGCGGACUGGGCAAGAUGACUCUUGCUCGAUUGAUCUUCAAGGAUGAAAGCGUAAGGAGCCAUUUCAAUGUGUCUCUAUGGGUUUGUGUGUCUGAUGAUUUUGAUGUGAAAAGGCUGACCAGAAUAAUUAUAGAGGAUGCGGGGGAGAAAACUGAGUUUUCUGAGCUAAACUCAUUGCAAAAGCACCUUCUCAAGACAUUACAAGGAAAAUGGUUCUUGCUUGUCCUUGAUGAUGUGUGGAACGAUAAUAGUGAAAGGUGGGAGGAACUAUGGCUUUCCUUCCAAAGCUGUGCUCAUGGAAGUAAGAUUUUGGCCACCACUCGCAGCGAGAAGGUUGCACAUGCAAUGGAUGCUGCUUACGUGCAUAAAUUGGAAGGAUUAUCCGAAGAUGAUUGUUGGUCACUGUUCAGGAGCAAAGCGUUCGCCAGGAGGAAAAUGGAAGAUUGUUGGGAGUUGGAAAAGAUGGAUGAGAUAGGAAAGAAAAUCGUGACGAAGUGUAAAGGAGUUCCUCUUUCAGCAAAGGUAAUCGGAAGUGCAAUGCGUUCCAAGACAAUGGCACAAGAUUGGCAGGACAUUUUGGAAAGUGAAACAUGGGAAAUUCCGAACAUCGCGAAAGGUAUCUUACCGGCUUUGUUGCUGAGCUAUUAUAAUCUGCCUAUGCAUUUGAAGCAAUGUUUUGCAUAUUGCUCGGUAUUUCCGAAAGAUCAUGUGCUGGAGAAGGAUAAAUUGGUCAAGUUGUGGUUAGCUCAGGGUUUCAUCAUGCUUGAGGGAAAAAGAGAGAUGGAAGCAAUUGGUGGAGAGUACUUUGAUGAUCUACUGGCGCAGUCUUUGUUUCAAGAUGUGGGGCUUGAAAAAGAAGUCAGAUGUAAAAUGCAUGAUCUCCUUCAUGAUCUCACCCAAUUCAUUACAAAGAAUGAAUAUUGCAUCUUUGAGAAUGGAAAGUCGGACUCCAGCUCUGUUACGGCUCGUCAUUCAUCUUUUAUUGUCAACUGGGAAAUGUCACAAAUUCCUGCUCCUCUAUGUGAUGCAAAAAAAUUGCGAACACUCCUCCAAAUCGGACAUUCAGUAAUUGAUACCAUCCCUGAUAAUUUAUUCCAAUGCGCUAGGUCCCUUAGGGCAUUGGGUUUCGGUGGUACUCCCAUGAGUAUUAAAGAAUUGCCAAGCUCAAUUGGGUUGCUGAAGCAUUUACGAUAUCUUGACUUGUCUUUUACGAAGAUAGCUGAGUUGCCGGAAUCAGUGACUCAACUCCUCAAUUUGCAGACCUUGAAGUUGAAUUAUUGCCUGAAGCUCGCUAGAUUACCAAGAGGGAUGGGCAAACUGGUUAGCUUGAGACAUCUUGAAAUUAUCGAGGCACAUAAACUUUUCUUCUUACCUGAAGGGUUGGGGGGAAUAAGUUCCCUUCGGACGUUGUGUAGGUUCAUGGUGGGAAGCAAUGGAGGAUGUAAGAUUGGAGAGCUUAAACGACUUAACUCUCUCCAAGGAAAGCUAGUAAUAGAAAACUUGAGGACAGUGGGUAGUGGGGAUGAGGAUAAGGAAGCGGAACUAUACAAUAAGUUACACCUUCGUGUAUUGUUUCUUCAAAUGUCAGGAGAUUAUGUUUUUGAAAUGUACAAAAGUGAUGAAGUGUUACCAGAUGAUGAUCUUGAAAUGCCCAGAGGUGAUGAUCCUGAAGUGUCAGGAGACAAUGAGGUGUCAUGGGAUGGUGAUCUUAAAAUAUCAGUAGAUGAUGAGGAUAGGAUGGACGAUGUACUUGAAGCCCUCCGGCCACCCCAUAUAAACCUAGAAAAGCUAGUAAUUGAGAGAUGCAUUGGUUCAAAAUUCCCAACUUGGAUGGAAGAUUUGCCUUUCUCAAAUUUAGUCGACUUGAGAUUAAUCGAUUGCUAUAAGUGUAUGCAGUUGCCUGGUCUCAGGAGACUACCUUCUCUCAAAUGCCUUCACAUAGAGGGAGGUCUUAUAAAACGUGUGGGCCAUGAGUUUUACAGGAAUAGCUGUGGUGGGGUCAUAAAUGGAGUGACAUUCCCGAAGCUGGAAGAGCUCAAGUUCAGUGACAUGUAUGAAUUUGAGGAGUGGGAGUUGAGAUUAGAAGAUGGAGAAAUAAUGCCGUCUCUUCAGACAUUUCGAGUUGAUGACUGCCCGAAAUUGAAGGCAUUGCCGCAACACCUUCCAGAAACUCUAACGUCCCUCAAGAUCCAGGAGUGUUCUGAAAUUAGUGGGAUGAAUUGCUUCCUACCACUUCUCGAAGAUUUUGAAGUGUUUAUUAGCAGCAGGAUUUUGUCAAUGCCAUUACAAAGCCUCCAAAGCCUCAAGACGUUUCAGAUCAGUUAUUUAGAGAACAUGACGUUGCUCCCCGACGGAUGGGAACAGUUCAAGUCACUAGAGAGUCUUACUAUCAGCAAUUGCUCUAAAUUGAGGUCUCUUCCUGAUGAUUUGGGACAACUCAAGUCGCUUAGGAGCCUCGAGAUCAAGAACUGUCCUGAGUUGUGGUCAUUGCCUCAAGGGUUGCAAGGGCUUAUUUCUCUUGGAAUCUUCCACAGCAGCGGGAUUUUGUCAAGGCCGUUACUGAAACUCCCAAGCCUCAAGACAUUUCGUAUCAGGAGUUUCAAUAACAUGACAUCACUUCCCGACAGAUGGGAACAGUUGGUGUCACUAGAGAGUAUUCCUCUCUUCAAUUGCUCUAACUCAUGUCACUUAGGAGUCUGGUGAUCUUCAACUGCCCUGAGUUGUGGUCAUUGCCUCAAGAGUUGCAAGGCCUUACCUGUCUCAAAAUCAACUACAGUCCGAUGCUGGUGGAGAGAUGCAGAGGGGAGGAUUGGAGCAACAUAUCACACAUCCCAAACAUCAAUGAUUGAUUUGGAAAGAAUCAAAUGAGGCGCUGAAGAUGAGAAGAUCCAUCAGGUAGACAAGGUUCAAAGAAUAUCGCGGUCAACCAG